GAGGCUCUCAAGGCAUGGCCAGACGCUCCAUCCUGUAUUUCAUCCUGCUGGGCACUCUGAUUGACAAGAGCCAAGCCUGUUUCUGCGACCAUUACCUGUGGACUCAGUGGUCUAGCUGCUCAAAAACCUGCAAUUCUGGAACCCAGAGCAGACGGAGACAAAUAGUAGAAAAUCAGUACUAUCUGGAGAACUUUUGUGACCAGCUUUGCACCAAGGAGGAGACCAGAGAAUGUAACUGGCAAACUUGUCCCAUCAACUGCCUCCUGGGAGAUUAUGGGCCAUGGUCAGACUGUGAUCCUUGUGUUGAAAAACAGUUUAAGGCUAGAUCCAUCUUGCAGCCCAGUCAGUUUGGAGGACAACCAUGUACCGAGCCCCUGACGACCUUUCAACCAUGCAUUCCAUCUAAGCUCUGCAAAAUUGAAGAGGUUGACUGCAAGAAUAAAUUCCGCUGUGACAGUGGCCGCUGCAUUGCCAGAAAAUUAGAAUGCAAUGGAGAAAAUGACUGUGGAGACAAUUCAGAUGAAAGGAAUUGUGGGAGACCAAAAGCGGUAUGCUCACGGAAGUAUAAUCCCAUCCCUAGUGUACAGUUGAUGGGCACUGGGUUUCAUUUUCUGGCAGGAGAGCCCAGAGGAGAAGUCCUUGAUAACUCUUUCACUGGAGGAAUAUGUAAAACUGUCAAAAGCAGUAAAGCAAGUAAUCCAUACCGAGUUCCGACCAAUCUGGAAAAUGUCAGCUUCGAGGUACAAACUGAAGAAGAUGAUUUGGAAACAGAUUUCUACACGGAUCUAAUUCCUCCUGGAAAGAAUGAAAAUCAAGAAGGCUUAGCUUUGGGCGUACAGGACAGCAAUAGUUAUGCACCAAUUUUUUAUUCCUCAAACAAAAGUCAAAUCUCCACCCAUAAUUCUGCCUUCAAGCAAGCUAUUCAAGCCUCCCACAAAAAGGAUUCUAAUUUUAUUAGGAUCCAUAAAGUGAUGAAAGUCUCAAACUUCACAAUGAAAACUAAAGAUCUGCAGCUUUCUGAUGUCUUUUUGAAAGCACUUAACCAUCUGCCUCUAGAAUACAACUCUGCUUUGUAUGGCCGGGUAUUUGAUGACUUUGGGACUCACUAUUUCACCUCUGGCUCCCUGGGGGGCGUGUAUGACCUCCUCUAUCAGUAUAGCAGUGAGGAACUAAAGAACUCAGGUUUAACAGAGGAAGAGGCCCAACAUUGUAUCCGGAUUGAAACAAAGAAACGUUUUGGUUUUCUGAAGAAAACAAAAGUGGAACACCGGUGCACCACUAACAAGCUGUCAGAGAAAUAUGAAGGUUCGUUUAUGCAGGGAGCAGAGAAAUCCAUAUCUCUGGUUCGAGGUGGGAGGAGUGAGUAUGCGGCAGCUUUGGUGUGGGAGAAAGGGAGCUCUGGUCCCGACGAGAAAGUGUUUUCUGAGUGGUUAGAAUCAGUGAAGGAAAAUCCUGCUGUGAUUGACUUUAAGCUUGCUCCCAUCACAGAGUUGGUAAGAAACAUCCCUUGUGCAGUGACAAGACGGAACAACCUCAGGAAAGCUUUUCGAGAAUAUGCAGCCAGGUUUGACCCUUGCCAGUGUGCUCCAUGCUCUAACAACGGCCGCCCCACACUCUCGGGGACCGAAUGUCUAUGUGUGUGCCAGAGCGGGACCUAUGGCGAGAACUGUGAGAGACGCUCCCCGGAUUAUAAACCUACUGCUGUGGAUGGGCACUGGGGUUGUUGGUCUUCCUGGAGCACAUGCGAUGCUACUUAUAAGAGAUCAAGAACCCGACAGUGCAACAACCCUGCCCCGCAGCGAGGAGGGAAGCCCUGUAAGGGGGAGAGGCGGCAAGAGGAGCACUGCACAUUUUCAAUAAUGGAGAACAAUGGACAACCAUGUAUCAGUGAUGAUGAAGACAUGAAGGAAAUAGAUCUUCCUGAGAUAGAAUCAGAUUCAGGGUGUCCUCAGCCAGUUCCUCCGGAAAAUGGAUUUAUCUGGAAUGAAAAGAAACUGUACUCAGUUGGGGAAGAAGUUGAAAUUUCAUGCUUCACUGGAUUCCAAACUGUUGGAUACCAGUACUUCAGAUGCUUACCAGACAGGACCUGGAGGCAAGGAGAUGUGGAAUGCCAACGGACAGAGUGCCUCAAGCCGGUUGUGCAGGAGGUCUUGAGGCUCUCCCCAUUUAAGAGAUUAUAUAAAAUUGGUGAAUCCAUUGAGCUAACCUGCCCCAAAGGCUUUGUCGUUGCUGGGCCCACGAGGUACACAUGCAGUGGGGAUUCCUGGACACCGCCCAUUUCAGACUCACUCACCUGUGAAAAAGAUAUUCUGACAAAAUUAAAGGGCCAUUGUCAACCAGGACAAAAACAAAUGGGAUCUGAAUGCGUUUGCAUGUCUCCAGAAGAAGACUGUAGCCAUUCUUCAGAAGAUCUCUGUGUGUUUGAUACAGACUCCGAUGAUUACUUUACUUCACCCGCUUGUAAGUUUUUGGCCGAGAAAUGUUUAAAUAAUCAGCAACUCCAUUUUCUACAUAUUGGUUCCUGUCAAGAUGGUCCACAGUUAGAAUGGGGUCUUGAAAGGAAACAGCUUUCAUCCAAUAGCACAAAGAAAGAAUCCUGUGGCUAUGACAACUGUUACGACUGGGAAAAAUGUUCAGCCUCCGCUUCCAAAUGUGUCUGCCUACUGCCCUCUCAGUGCUUCAAGGGUGGAAACCAACUCUACUGCGUCAAAAUGGGAUCAUCAAUGAGUAAGAAAACAGUGAACAUCUGUGAAAUAGGCGCUGUAAGAUGUGCCAACAGGAAAGUGGAAAUACUGCAUCCUGGGAGGUGUUAG